GCACAGAGGUUUGCAGGACUGUAUCCGCAGACACUCCACAAUGAGGACCUCCUUCCUUAUCCUGUGGUUUUUGCCAUGCCUUGCCUAUGGAGCGCACCUACCAGAGCCAAGAGCAGUACCAGAGGUGUUUGCAGCCACCAAUGCUGAAGUUACCAAUUUAGUCGAGCAGUUGUAUUCUUCGGAUGUAAACAAAGCUGCCAGUGGUGAUGUUACCUUGAAUCUCCAGUACUUGGCAUCCAGCUCCCAGACAGGCUCCGGAACAGACUAUGCCAGCCAAAAGCUCUUCAGCUAUGUCAAUGAGGCCAAACUGUUUGCCCGUCCAACCUUUUCCCGAUUCAUUGCUCUGCUUAACAAUUACGUGGAGACGACUGGAACAGCAGAGUCAGUGCCCACUGCAGAGAUCACAGAGCAAAAUGCAUUUGUUGAUGAGGUCUUUAAGACUUCUAUCUUCAGUUUACUUUCAAAUUUCCUCGUUUCCAAAGGUUAUUAUACAUCUUCCACAAGCUUUAAGGAUGACCUGAAGAUGAUGUGGUUUGGACUGUUUACACGUACCAAGGGGCCCUUGGAUUCAUCAGGUUUUGAGCACAUAUUUCUUGGUGAAAUCCAUGGUGGAAAGAUCUCUGGCUUCCACAACUGGAUCCGUUUCUACCUGCUGGAAAAGGAGGGAAAACUCAACUACCUGAGUUACAGUGCAGAUGGACCUUGGACAAAUUAUCCUGAUGUAUAUGGAUUUCAGUUUAAGUGGUCAAACUACCUGAAGAGCAUUGGUUCGAUGUUUAUUGGAAGCAGUCCUGAGUUUGAUCUCGCAGUUUUCACCCUGUGUUAUGUGACUCGCCCUGACAGUGUAUGCACUGUCACAAUGGGAGGCAAGACCCUUAAGAUUCAAACUUAUACCUGGGCCAACACGACUUAUGGAAAUGGCAAGAGAUAUGUGGCAUCUACUUAUCCUAUUGUUUAAUGGGAAGAAAACUGUGGCUAAAAUGUGAAAAUUAAAGUUCUUUCUUCUGCAAAAAUA